GCUAAGCGUGUGAUCCACAUGAAUACUACGGAAUCGGAUACUAUUACAGCACAAAGUCAUGAUAUAUACGAAUAUAAUGAACAUGCCGACAUUCUUGAUAAUUUAACUGAUUCAGACAACGAUGCCAUUACUUUAAAACAAACUUGGAAGGACAAGGUCUCACAAAAAAAUAGUCAUGAAACGCCUUCUUCAGAUACCUAUAUCAUACUCGAUUCUGACGAUGACAAUGACACGAAAAAUGCUCAAGAUCUCAAUGACAGUAGCGUACGCGACACGCUUGAUAUUACGGGCAAUUCAAUCACAAGGUCAUGUUUAUUGGAUGGUUCACCUCCUUCACCACAGAUUUAUCAAGACGACUGGGCGCCAAAAAAAUCUGUAUCUCCAGUACAUAUUCUUUCUUCACCAUCUUCUCUGGCAAUUCAGCUGGAUUCGGAUCAACUCUCUCCAUUGAAAGUCGAUUGCUUAUCACCACUUUCACCUAUACAGUAUGAUGAUGCAACUUUUUCCAUUUUGCAAAAUGAUAUUUCACCAACACAAACUACUUCAAGGUCGAUGUCUCCCUUUCCUCAGAUUUGUACUGGAAAAGAAUCACUAUUGUCGCCAUUAGAAUCAGACAGGUUCACAAUGAAUACAGAUAUACUCAUCAGCAGUGACAAUGAUUCGGACGACUCCUUACCUUCACCUAGUCGUCUACUAUCUCAAAUAAGUGCAGGGCAUAUCAAUAGACGUCGAAAAUGGAGUCAGGACGAUGAAAGCAAUACCAUGUCAGCAAAACGGAAAGGCAAGCAAAAAGCAACAACCCAUACAACGAAUAACAAUUCAACAGGAGAACUUUUGGAAUCUGAACACCUUUGGGAAUGGAAUGAUGAAGGUGAUAUACCACAAACAGAUAACUUUACCAUGAGAAGUGAAAAAAGGAGAUCGAUCUCUUCAAACAAGGAAACCAAAAAGGCCCAAAAGAAAAGGGAACAAGAAGCAAGACAACUAGCCAAAGCAGAAGCCUCACGAUUAAAGGAACAAGCAAAAGCCGAAGCUAUACGACGCAAGGAACAGACCAAACUAUUACAACAAGUGAACAGACAACGGAAGGAUAGGAAUGAACUCAUCAAAGAAAUGAUUGUUGUGGUACACGAUCCAUCGUUCAUUGAUACGGAACAAGGCAAACUUUUACAAAUGACACUAACUGAAAAGGGAACGACAAUCAUGAAUAACACAUUAAGAACGCCAUCCACACCAUCAUCAUCAUCAUCAUCAUCAUCUCCAGCGUUAUCAACUUCAUUUCCUAUAUCAUCAUCUAUACCAGCAAUGUAUACUCUGACAUGGCAACGGCGAUGUAGGGCUGAAUGGAAUGAAAAGGAGCAACAAUUUAUUCCUUUUGACAAUGGACAAAUCCGAAUACAAGAUGAAUCAAGUGCUCUGAUAUUUAUAAAGGCAGAGUCAUUGAUUGAAAUCAUUCACCAGGGUUACGUGGACAAUUGGAUAGAUACAAUACAACAGACGGUACCAGACAAACAAUUAUUUUUGAUGAUCGAAGGAUUAGAAGCCCAUUACAAAAAGAAACUCAACUGGCAACGACGGCAAUUUGCUUCAGCAGUGAUGGAAAACUUGACUGAAGACAACAGCGGUUGUGAUGAUGAAGAAAGCAGCCAACAACGAUCAUCUUCAACAACAGGAGGAAAUGGAAGAAGACGGAAUCAACGAAAUACAGCAACAAAUUUAUUGGUGUGUGGUCCUUCUCGCAGUGAAAUAGAGGAACAAUUGACGUAUUUACAGGUGAUCAAGGACGUUAUGUUAAUUCAAACAACAAAUGAAGAAGAUUCUGUUGAUUGGUUGGUGGCGCUCACAACUGAUUUGGCAAAAGCUCCGUAUUAUAAUGUAAAUGAGCGUGGAUUAUUCAAAGGACAAGGUCCAGCAAAAUCUGGCGUGGAUGCAGAUGAUACUUGGUCAAGAAUGCUACAAGAAAUACAGCAUUGCACUCCAGCAGUGGCGAAAAGCAUCAUGCAAGAAUACCCAAAUCCGAUGGCUUUAUAUCAACGAUACUCUCAGCUUGAUUCAACUGCGUGUGACAAUCUAUUGGCCAAUCUAGAGGUUGAAAGAAGUGUAUUGGUCAGCAGGGAUAGAACGGUCAACAAAUCAAUGUCUAGGAAAAUUCACAAAAUCUUUAUGUCUGAUGACCCUACUGAUACUAUAGCAUAACAUAUCCCUCAGUUUCCAUCAUUAGAUGCCCAUGCAUACAUAUACACAUCUGUACAUAAUAAUUAUUAUUCCUGUAUUUUACCCUCCAUUUUAGAAUAUAUUAUCUCAAAUAAAAAAG